AGGAGGACGAAGAGGGGGAAGAUGGCGGCGCCUCGCUUCUCCUGAGGCCUGGUCUGUGUCUGUGAGGCGGGAAGGAAGGCAGGCGGCGGAGGGAAGAGGACGGAGAGGCCGAGACAGAGAGAGAGAGAGGGAAAUGAAGACCCUAUGAAGUCACCACAGGCAUGAAAAGAAAUUAUCAGUAUCUAGUAUAGAUUUAGGAAUUUGGAAACCAAAGGGCAAUAAUGAAAGAAAUCCUGCGGGAAGAAGAAAUCCUCUCUAGGUGCCAAUCUUGUGAAACUCAAUUUUGAUCAGAAAGAAAAAGGGAACAUUCACGUGUUUAUAUCGCAGUCAAUCAUAACUGUCAACAUGGAGGAGAAACCCUUUACAUGUCUUGAGUGUGGAAAGAGCUUCAGUUGGAGGAGCCAUCUGCUACGGCAUGAAAGGACUCACACUGGGGAGAAACCCUUUGAAUGUCUGGAGUGUGGACAGAGCUUCACUCAUAAUUCAGGACUACGUCAACAUCAAAGGACUCACACUGGGGAGAAACCCUUUGAAUGUCUGGAGUGUGGACAGACCUUCGCUCGUAGUUCAGGCCUACGUUUACAUCAAAGGACUCACACUGGGGAGAAACCCUUUGAAUGUCUGGAGUGUGGACAGAGCUUCACUCAUAGUUCAGGACUACGUCAACAUCAAAGGACUCACACUGGGGAGAAACCCUUUGAAUGUCUGGAGUGUGGACAGACCUUCGCUCGUAGUUCAGGCCUACGUUUACAUCAAAGGACUCACACUGGGGAGAAACCCUUUGAAUGUCUGGAGUGUGGACAGAGCUUCACUCAGAGUUCAGGACUACGUCAACAUCAAAGGACUCACACUGGGGAGAAACCCUUUGAAUGUCUGGAGUGUGGACAGAGCUUCACUCAUAGUUCACGUCUACGUUCACAUCAAAGAACUCACACUGGGGAGAAACCCUAUACAUGUCUGGAGUGUGGACAGACCUUCGCUCGUAGUUCAGGCCUACGUUUACAUCAAAGGACUCACACUGGGGAGAAACCCUUUGAAUGUCUGGAGUGUGGACAGAGCUUCACUCAUAGUUCAGGACUACGUCAACAUCAAAGGACUCACACUGGGGAAAAACCCUAUAAAUGCCUGGAGUGUGGACAGACCUUCGCUCGUAGUUCAGGCCUACGUAGACAUCAAAGGACUCACACUGGGGAGAAACCCUUUGAAUGUCUGGAGUGUGGACAGAGCUUCACUCAUAGUUCAGGACUACGUCAACAUCAAAGGACUCACACUGGGGAGAAACCCUUUGAAUGUCUGGAGUGUGGACAGACCUUCGCUCGUAGUUCAGGCCUACGUUUACAUCAAAGGACUCACACUGGGGAGAAACCCUUUGCAUGUCUGGAGUGUGGACAGAGCUUCACUCAGAGUUCAGGACUACGUCAACAUCAAAGGACUCACACUGGGGAAAAACCCUAUAAAUGCCUGGAGUGUGGACAGACCUUCGCUCGUAGUUCAGGCCUACGUAGACAUCAAAGGACUCACACUGGGGAGAAACCCUUUGAAUGUCUGGAGUGUGGACAGAGCUUCACUCAUAGUUCAGGACUACGUCAACAUCAAAGGACUCACACUGGGGAGAAACCCUUUGAAUGUCUGGAGUGUGGACAGACCUUCGCUCGUAGUUCAGGCCUACGUUUACAUCAAAGGACUCACACUGGGGAGAAACCCUUUGAAUGUCUGGAGUGUGGACAGAGCUUCACUCAUAGUUCAGGACUACGUCAACAUCAAAGGACUCACACUGGGGAGAAACCCUAUACAUGUCUGGAGUGUGGACAGACCUUCACUCACAGUUCAGGCCUACGUUCACAUCAAAACUCUCACACUGGGGAGAAACCCUAUACAUGUAUGGAGUGUGGACAGACCUUCACUCACAGUUCAGGCCUACGUUCGCAUCAAAGAACUCACACUGGGGAGAAACCCUAUAAAUGCCUGGAGUGUGGACAGAGCUUCACUCAUAGUUCAAAUCUACGUAGACAUCAAAACUCUCACACUGGGGAGAAACCCUAUACAUGCCUGGAGUGUGGUCAGAGCUUUUCUCGGAGUGGAGCUCUACGUUUGCAUCAAAGGACUCACACUGGAGAGAAACCGUAAAAAUGCAUGGAAUGUGGUCAGAGCUUUUCAUGAAAUAACAUUAUACAUAGACAUCAUAGAAUUCACCCUGGAGAGAAUGGUGUUAAUUGACCUCAGAGUGUCAUUCUAACACGUAGAAAAGCAACUCUUGCAAAUUUUGGAAAUGCGGGCUCAAAGUUGGGACAUUUCAUCACAUGUGAUGUAUUGUAGAAAGCCCCCUCGAUGGAUUGUCACCUUGUCAUGGUGAGGGGGCUUGCGUUUUCCAGUGAACCUGCGGGCACAACCACCGGAGUCAUGCACUCCCAGGAGUGGCCACAGGGGAGGAUCCAGACCAAGAACAAUCCGAAGACCCUAAGAUCUCAACGGCGGAGCAGGCGGAGGAUAGAGGCAGAGAGAGGGGGCGGGGCUCUGACGUCACCAGAGCUCUUGGCUGCCACGCAGCGGCCAGGCUGGGAAGGGCGCCCUCCGAACGGCCGAGAAGGAAAGGGCGGCCCGGGUUGGUCCUCUCUGUGCUGGGCGGGGCCUCAAGAGGCAAGGCCCCGCCCUCCCCUGCUCAGCCAAUGAGGUCCCUCCCUUCCCCUGCCAGGCCAAGGCCCCGCCCCUCCCUCCCGUCUCUCAAAGGGAGAAGCCCCGCCCCCCGGAAGGGUGUCUGUGAGGAGGAACCCUCGCCACGCCCCGCCCACGCCCUGACGUCACUCCCUCCGACGGAGAGGGGGCGGGGCCUCCGUCCUGCCCUCAGAAGCCGCCUUCUUUCUUGCCCGUCCUUGUCACCCGUCCAUCAAGGCCGGAGCCAAUAGGGGCCCGCUCGUGGGCGGGGCGUCACGGACUCGGCCAAUGGGGGGCGAGGGGCGGAGGAGGGGCGGGGCUUCUUCCUGGCUGGGCCUGCGCAGAGCCUCUCUCGCCGCCAUUGUUUUCUGUGGCG